AUGUACGUGCCGCCCGCGAAGGUGGAGCGCAGCGCCAUGGGCCGCAUCUCCGAGGAGAUGAGCCUCGAGCAGCGCACCGACCCUGGCCCGCCGCCGUCGACCUGGAGCGCGUACGCGACCAAGAGCGAGGAGCACGGCGGCGUGGUGGCGAUGAUGGACCUCCUCAUCGCCGACCUCGACAAGGAGAUGACCGCCAUGACCACCCAGGAGAAGGACGACCAGGCCGAGUACGAGGCCUUCAUGGCCGAGGCGGGCGACAAGCGCGCCGCUGACUCCAAGUCCACAGAGCAGAAGGAGGGCGAGAAGGCGGACCUCGAGGCUGCCUUGGUGAAGCUGCAGCAGGAUCACAAGGACACGUCCAAGGAGCUGUACCUGAAGGAGAUGGAGAUUAAGGACCUGCACCUGGAGUGCGACUGGCUCAUCGCCAACUUCGAGAUGCGCAAAUCGGCGCGGGCGGGCGAGGUGGACUCCCUAAAGAAGGCGAAGGCGGUCCUCUCGGGGGCCGACUACUCGCUCGUGCAGACCGCGGCCUCGCGCGGCCUGCUGCGGGGCUCCGCUCAGUGA